UAGGUGUCCAUUUUGGAAUUGAAGCCACCAAUGCGAAUAAUCGCAUUCAUACACUCAUCUGUCAACUAUUAAUUCGCCAAGAAAUCCCGUUUCUUUCUUGUCUUUCUUUACAUUUCAACGCAUUAUACCUCUCAACCACCAUCAAGCAGCCAUCCAUGGCGACCCAACCCGCUUCCGAAAAGAAAACCCUCUACGAUUUCACAGUCAAGGAUGCCAAGGGUAAUGAUGUAGACCUCAGCGUUUACAAGGGAAAGGUUUUACUCAUUGUUAAUGUCGCAUCCAAAUGUGGGCUUACAAAUGACAACUAUGCUGAACUGAAUCAAAUCUAUUUGAAGUACAAGGAGAAAGGAUUUGAAAUUUUGGCAUUUCCAUGCAAUCAAUUUGGAGCUCAAGAACCAGGAACCAAUGAAGAGAUUGCUGACUUUGUUUGCACCAGAUUCAAAUCAGAAUUUCCCAUCUUUGACAAGAUUGAUGUAAACGGUGACAAUACUGCACCAGUUUACAAGUUCUUGAAAACUGGCUUCUAUGGAAUUCUUGGAGGAGAUGUUCAAUGGAACUUUGCCAAGUUCUUGGUUGAUAAAAACGGGCAGCCUGUUGAUCGAUACUACCCCACCACAUCACCUUUUACAGUCGAGAGAGAUAUUCAGAAACACUUGGGUCUCCUUUAGAUUUCAAGAUUUCCACAAGUGGAUGCCGAAUCUCGUGUUGAAUAAUGGCAUACCAAUGUUUAAUUAUAUGUUGUAUUGUUUUAGAUUCAAACGUUUUAAGACUAUGUAAUUCAAGAAACUUUAUUUGUUUUUGUUUUUCUUACAUUAUUUACUUGCUUGUUUUUCCCA